AUGGCUCCAUCUGUUGAAGUCCAAGACGAGAACGCUCGCAAGGAGCGUAUCAUCUCCCAUAUGAAUCGGGAGCACACGCGCGAGCUCCGUCACAUUCUCCAACACUACAAUGGUCUGAAGGCAAGCCACACUAAAAAUGCCUCCAUGAGAGACAUUUCUCUUGAGUCGAUGCGUAUCCUUGCCGGUGGCCUCAAUCACACGGUGCCUUUUACCCCUGUGCUCAAGUCCUGGGAUCAGGUCCGGCAGCGUCUGGUGGAUAUGGACGCUGAUGCUCGUAAAGCACUCAAUAUCAGCGAUAUUUAUGUCAAUCAAUAUUUACCGCCAAGUGGAGCUGACUGGGUUGUCUUCACAGCCGUAUCGUUUUACUUUGUCAACGUGCUUUCUCUACCGUGGAUUGUCCCAACCACCCUUUAUGGCAGCCUUGUCAAUCAAUACUUCCCUGGCGGCCUUAGUUCGUUCACCUGGCUCGUCAAGGUUCUAAUUGUUCCAGUUCUCGGUAUUCACUUUGGCGAAUGCUUCCUCUUUGACUCUUGGAGGAUGCACCGCCAUGGGGUUGAACGUUGGUCAACUGUUUGGUGGCUGUGGGAGUGUAGCGUUUUCACUGAGGGUGUUGCGGCUUGGCGUCGAUUUGGAGCUCUCGUUGAGAACAAGAAGGCUGACAAAGAACACACGAAGAAGAAUCAUUAA